CGAAUGUUUGUGCUAAGUGUCCGGUAACGAUGCAAUCAAAGAUCCCAUGUUAAAACCAAAAGAACCUUGAAAAAAAAAAAAGCGUCAGCGAAGAACUCAAUCUUGUGUCCUGUUGGGUGCCACAAACGCUUAAACACCAGGAACAAUCGAGCCAUAUCGAGCGUGGCGAAGAAAAAAAUUGGCUGAUUCAACCUAAAAUAAAUCGAGCAUUAUUAUGAUAAUGGAAUAUCCUGAUUGGAGAGAUGCUCAAUCACUGUGCAAGAAGUUCACCAUGCUCAAAAUGGAUACCACUUUUACAUGUACGAAAACAAAAAGGUUCGACAUCGAAAAAGCGACCGCCAACGGAAGUUUCCAUGUUGCUAUUGCUCCAAUUUUUCAACUUUCGCAAAUUUUCGGAGUUUUCCCCUUGGGUAACGUAAUGGCUCGUCUUCCAUCGGGGUACAAGUUCCGCUGGUGGCAUCCGGCGUGUUUAGUUAGCUCGUUGGCCAUUUUUGGAGGUUAUGCGGUGUCUGUAUUUAGCUUACUCCGACACUUACAGCAUUUGAACGCCAUCAACAUAGCGGAGGCAUUCUUUUUUGGCCUUUGUGCUUCCAUCACCGUUAUGAUGAAAAAGAUUGCCGAACGCUGGCAGAUGAUAACGACCAUUUGGUACGAAACGGAAGAGGUUUUUCUGCAUCAACCCUUUACGAAUGCGUUCUUGACCAGAAGAAUUCGGACGAUGGCUGCCGGAAUGUUGCUGCUGGCUUUUGUCGAACAUCUUCUCUGCGUGGUCAAUAACAUCGUCAACCUGAAAACUGAAGCCACCUACUGCAAUUGGACCAUUGCGGAUCCUUUUGAGCACUAUGCACUGAAGGUCUUCGUUUCCACCUUUAAAUACAUGCCAUAUAGUUUGCCUUUGGCUAUUUUCAACGAGUACAUCAUCCUUUCGAUGACCUAUGCCUGGAACUUUAUCGAUAUUCUGCUCAUCCUUGUCAGCAUUGGGAUACAGUCGCGAUUUGAUCAGCUCAACAAAUACUUAGCAGACUUCUGGGAAGGUAUUCGAGUGUUAUAUGCGUCGCUCUCGGAGUUGGUCGAAACCCUGAACGAGCACAUCAGUCAUUUGGUGUUGGUAUCGUUUGGGAACGAUAUGUACUUCAUUUGCUUGCAGAUUAUGAACGCAAGUCAACGGGUGCCGCUGAUUAUCAACAAAGUUUACUUCGUCUAUUCGUUCCUGUAUCUGAUACUGAGGACAGCACUUAUGUUCUGGUACUGUUCGGUAGUUCACGAGGCUAGCUACGGACCUUGUAGCUUGCUGAUGAGAGUACCGAGCGAGCAGUACGGUGAAGAGUUACAGCGGGUGGAAAUGUACGCGAAACGUGGAGCUAGCCUAACUGGAUUAGGAACGUUCCAUGUUUCAAGGAAGAUCUUUUUAACGGUCGCUGGUUAUGGGUCCCCAGAACAAUCCGACUACCAGAAUACCGGAAGUCCCGGAUCUCAUAAAUUGAGCCUCCGCGUUGAAGCCUUUCUUGAAGCGAUGGGAAACGUGUUUGAAAUGGAACCCGCAGAGGACCGGAAGAUCAAGAAACGUAAAAUUCACAGUGAUUUCGGAAACUCAUCCUCAAAAGAUGGUACUGUUCCGGCAGAUAGGUUCCACCAAGCUAUAGCUCCAAUAAUUUUGGUCACCCAAAUUUUCGGCAUCUUCCCUCUGGGUAACGUUCUGGCUCGCAAUCCGGUAGACUACAAAUUCGGCCGGUUGCAUCUCUGUUACUGGAUUUCGGCGAUUGCCAUUUUCGGUGGCUACGCUUUGGCAACGUGUAGCAUCAAUCGAGUUUGGAGCAACCUGAACGUUUUCAACAUCGAUGAGGCACUGUUCUUCGGCAUCAAUGCCACUUGUUCAGUGAUCACUUGGAAGAUCGCUCUUCACGACGUCAGUCAAGAACCGUUUCAACUGAUUGAAAAAGUAUCAAGUGAUGACUUCUGCGAAGAGUUGAGGCGAAUCCAGAUGUACUCAAAGAAGGGUGUUGGCUUCUCCGGCCUUGGUCUGUUUCGUGUUACCCGACAGAUUCUACUUUCGGUUGCUGGAACUAUUGUUACCUAUGAGCUUGUAAUGGCAAUGUAUCGGAGGCGCUCUCCUGUUUUUGAGUUUGAACCAAAUUGUGACAUGCCGAAGCUAGUUUGA